UCAUUAAGCGUAAAGGUGCUAAGCAACAACAUAAAGUAGAUACAUUGCAAGUGAAAUUCAAUAAAGUUUCGUCGGAGCUUUUGUACGUACAUCGUUGAAAAAACGCACUGUAACUGGCCAUUUUUCAGCUAUAGAAGUCGAGCAAUAUUUGAGUUAACAGUACCGCAGUUUAAAGCAUCAUCAUGUCAAUAUCACAGCUUUUUCCAAUGGCCGAACUGGCGGAAGAUCAACAGUUUCCACGAUUAAUUCUGUACACGCACGUUGUACAUCGAAUGGUUAAUUUUUCCGCAGGCAUUGCCGUCAUUAGCACCGGUGCUCGUUUAGCUUAUCGAAAACUUCGACCACCAUCGGAUCCCACCAAAUAUGCCAUCCUCCAGCAAUCAUUUGCAAAAUCAUUAGUUAGCGCAUCGUCCAAAAGCUUGCUGAUUGCACCAGCUGUUGGUGUGAUUGCGACGACGUUAGUAAUGCGUAAUAAAAGCCUAAUCGAGUGGCAGGAUCGCAGUUGGAGAUUGCUGGCCAAUAAUGGACAGAAUUUGACGGAUAAGUGGUCGAUUGGUGGAAUGGUUCUUGGCGGUGUAGUGGGAACUGUUGUGAGUCGCAGAUAUAAAAUUAGUCUUCCCAAAGCGGUGGCUGGGAGUGCUGGUCUGGGAUGUUUGGCGGGAUUGACUUGUAUGAUCAUUUUUGGUAAAAUUGUUAAGGCAAAUUGAUGUCUCAUGUCGCAGUGUAGUCGUAGGAAAUGCUUUCAUUUUGUUGAAUUAAAAUGUCAAAUGGUUGUAGUGUC